UAUGUUUUUUGUUGUUCCAGAAUUUUUAAUCUGCGAAAAUGCCAUUCCCGUUUGCCCUUUCCACAAAACUACACAGCGUCAACACUAUCUUACUGUAUCGAAAACCGAGAUUGUCUGGGGACAGCUCAUGUACGUUUCCUGGAGUUCUGCUAGUAGUUGGUGUUGUCGUCAGUUUCUAUUCGAACAACAAAAGAAUAACAUUAUUCGACAACGCUAAGGAAAUUUUCGCAUUUCACUACCUCUUGAACUGAAAAUUGCUGAAAAAGGUUCGAUUAUAGAGGACGAAAUAGUGUUGCUAGCCGUCGACAUGUCGAGGCAAACAAAUAAAUCGGCGGACAGCAAAAAAGUGUGUUAAUUUCAGAACAAUGAACUGUUCACUUUAACAUAUGGCGCGCUUGUGGCUCAAAUGCUCAAGGAUCAUGAAAACUGCGAAGAGGUGAACAAACAGCUGGAACGAAUGGGUUAUAGUAUUGGGCAACGACUUAUUGAAGACUUUCUUGCGAGAACUAACUGUACGCGAUGCGUUGACUUGCGGGAUACAGCAGAGAAAAUUCAGUUGGCCUUCAAGAUGUACCUGACAAUGAGUCCAUCCGUGACAAACUGGAGCACCUCAGGCGACGAGUUUUCACUGGUUUUCGACUCAAAUCCACUCACAGAGUUUGUUGAACUACCCGACAGUUAUAGCACAAUGCUUAAAUACUGCAGCAUCAUUCCAGGCAUUAUUCGUGGAGCGCUCGAAAUGGUGCAAAUGGAGGUAAUGUGUUGGUUUGUUCAGGAUACCCUUAGGGGUGAUCCCUCGACCGAGCUACGUAUUCGGAUGGUAAAGAAAAUGGAAGACGCCAUUCCUGUUGGAGAGAACUAGGUCUCGCAGGUCUCUAGAUAAAUCACCAUUAUCUUUUCAUAAAAAGAAAAAUGUUAUUAUUUGAGUUAAGCUUGAUGAGUUAUACAAAAAAAACACAAAGUACUCGCCGA